UGCACCAGACUUUAGUUCUCAGAGUUUUCUCCUCUGUUAACAUGAAUUUUCAAUUAGCUUUGUCCUUAGUUGUGUUGCUCAUAUUUGGGCAAUGUCAGGUCAGAGACAAUGAUAUUGCUCUCAUCAUUCUACCAUCUCCAUUGGACCUAAACAAGUGCAUUCAACCAGUGACCCUUCCAGAUAUUCACGAACUCAAGAAUUUAUCCAACUGCAUUACCUUCGAUCAGAAUGUGAAAGAGACCUCCAAAGAACUCAUUCCAAAACAGACAUCACUUCUAAAAAACAAGUGUUUUGAGUUUGUUGGAAAAGACCAAAGACUAUGUGAAGAAUUUUGGGCCACAGACUCUCCGAACUCAUGCAAGGAGCCUAUGGGCAGUCCACUAAUCUGUUUGAAAAGCAAAAACAGUCAGCAGGUGCUAGUCGGGUUUGCUUCAGCUGCUGGUUGUUACAAAGGGUUUACGGUGUAUGUCAAUGUUGCCUUUCAUCAGAAAUGGUUGAAUCUGUUCUCCAAGGAAUUAAAGGAGCACCAAAGUAUUCCAAGUAAACUCAGGAAUAUAUUGACUCAGUGAAGAACCUUAUGUUGCAAAUAAUGGCAGUUGUGAUUCCUGAUUUCCUUACGAAAUAAAACAAGCUGUUCUUUGAAA